AACCUCUUUCCAAAGUACCAGUUUUGUAAUACAUCGAUACAUUACAUAUCACAAAAUGUUUCAUUCAACGUUUCUGAAUAUCCAUAUUAUUUCUAUUAUUAUACGCUGAAGUUUCAUGCGAAAAUUCACCUAUACCAAGCAAAAAUAGUUUAAUCUUUCAGUUCGCUCUCGAUAAUUCCAAGUACAGUUAUUUUCGAUAAACAAUAUUAAAUAUUCCCUAAUUUUGUUAAUAGAAUUAAUACUCGACGAAAGUGACAAUGUUUUUUGCGUUACUUACAGUUUUAAACACUUUUGUUGCUCUCACAGCUACGCAAUCGAUUAAUAUGUCUUUAGACAACAAAAGUCUACAUAAAGAUUUCUCUAUCUCCUGCAAUGACUUUACACAAGCUUUUCAUAAAGAAUUAUCCAUUACCAGCGAGGGAAACAUUGUUACUUCACCGUUCAGUAUACAUAUGAUCUUGUCUUUACUUUCUCACGGAGCAGAGUCUGAAACUUUAGAUGAAAUGACAGUUGGUCUUUGCCAUCGUAACAAAGAUUCUAUAAAAGAAGGAUACGCAACUCUAAUAGCUUUGCUAAAUGAGCUGACAAAUGUUAAACUAUACAUCGCGAACGCGAUGUAUAUUCAAGAUGGAUUUGAAUUGCAAACAGAAUUUUUGGCAGUAGGAUCAGACGUUUACAAGUCUUCAAUCUCAAAGUUAGAUUUCAAGCACAAUAUAGAUGCGGCUGAGAAAAUCAAUGCGUGGGUGAAGAAAGCGACGAAUGAUAAAAUAUCUAAUCUCGUGUCUUCAGACGAUUUCGACGAAGAUAUGAAGCUAGUAAUGGUAAAUGCUAUUUAUUUUAAUGGCGUUUGGUUGCAUAAAUUCGAUCCAAAGAACACGGAGAAGAAAACAUUCCACGUGACGAAAACUGAAUCGAAAUUUGUAUCAAUGAUGUUUAGUAAACGUAAAUACGAUUACGGCGAACUACCAACGAUGGGCUCGCGCUUUAUUGAAAUUCCAUAUAUGAAUAAAGAUAUCGUGAUGACGAUAAUAUUACCCACGGAAAAGGAUGGACUUUUAAAUUUGCAAAAUAACUUCUCGUGGGAAGUGCUCGCAAAUGCAGAACGAUCGCACAACGAAAUUGAAUUGUUUCUUCCGAAAUUCAAAAUAGAAUUUACGGUAGACUUGGAGAACAUUUUACGAAAGCUCGGCUUAAAUACAAUAUUCGAGGACAACGCAAAUUUCAGCGGCAUUUCAAGUAUACCGUUAAAAGUCAGUAAAGUUUUGCACAAAGCAGUGAUAGAAGUUCACGAAGAGGGCACCGAAGCUGCAGCUGCAACAGCUGUGCAAAUGAGACUCAGACGAAUGAUCCUUAUGCCAGAACAAUUUCUGGUCGAUCGACCUUUCAUGUUUGUAAUCGAAUACAAACCUAACAAGGUACCACUUUUUAUUGGAAGCGUAAAAGAUAUAACAGUUAGCCCAGAAAGAGACGAGUUAUAAAUUUUUAUCCUCGGACGAUGGCAAGACAACACAAAAUUUAUCAUUCGUGUAAUAUUUCUAUAUGUACAUAUAUGUAUAUAUAUUUUACUUCUCAACCGCUUCUCCCACUACCACAUUCCAGAUUAACUAGGGUGCUUUACAUAAUAACUAUAGUGGGGGGUUAUUUUUUUAUACUCGUGUGGACCAGAAAAUUAGGAGAAGGAGCCAUAAUUAGCUCACUUCGUCAUCCCUGAUACCAGAAUUGCACAAAAUAUGUUCGCUACUAACGAAUAAAAAUAUUAGAUUCGCUUCUGUCUGCGGCUUUGCUUGCUCGAAUAUUGCUUUAAUAAAUUUAUUUAUACAUUUUAAUUUAUAAAUGAAACAUACGCAGAAAUCAGUUUACGAAUCAGUCUAAAAUUUGUAUUCGUUAUUCGUGAAUAACACGUGCCCCGAUGCAAAGUACUUACACAAACGAAUCUAUACAAAGCUUGAC